ACGUGGUCCACUCUGCUGAUAUUAAUUUAUGGUCUUUUCAUUAACAGGAAGUUGCUGGAGGAAGUAGUCAACACAUCAUAAAACACACCUCAGUCAGAGCAUCUGUGCCUCCAUUCCUCAAAAGACAAAAUGACCUCAUCAGUGUUCAUUUCCAUUUCAAACAUCACACAGGACUGGGAGGAGUGUAUACGGAAGUGGAACCUAAAUUUGUUUAUCAUCCCUGCUACAGUCAUCACUCUGGCCACCUUGCUGGCAAACCCCAUUCUCCUGACGUCCAUUUUUCUGUCCCGUGCCUUGCGUCAGGAGACACGUUACGUUCUAGUGGCCAACACCCUGACAGCAGACAUCCUCUUCCUCAUCCUCAACCUGACUAUGGUGAUAUGUAAUGCUGCCAAAGCUCGAUUCCACUGGCUGGUGUGUGAGCUCGUCACAGCCGUCACUGUCACCGUCUACUGCUGUGCCAUCCUCACAGUCACCCUCAUGGUGGUCGACACCUACGCUGCGGUUCGCUGGCCUCUCCGUUACCAUGACAUUCUUCCACCAGCCCGCAUCCGCCGCAUUUUGGUGGGGGUGUGGCUGCUGGCAGCCAUGUACCCGUUCACCUUGGUGAUCAUAAUGGAGGUGAAGAAGGUGACUCCUCAUGAGACGGGAGCUGUGUGCCUGGUCCUCAUCUCCCUCGGCUUCAUUGAGGGCCAGAACAGAGAUCAGAUCCACAUCUACUUCUUCAUCACUGCACUCAUCUGUACUAUACUCAUUUUAUACUGCUACAUUCGGCUCUACAUGGUAACAAGGACCCAAGGCAUCUGGCAGAACCGCUUCUCCAGGGCCCGGGUCACGCUGCUGGCUCACGGGGUUCUUCUCUUGCUCUACUUUGUCCCCGGCUUUGUAUUCACUCUGGAGCUCUCCCUGUUUCUGAGGAAAGACAUAAGUCAGGAUGUUCGUGUGUGGAUCAGCACAAUCAAUAUGUGUAUUCUCAUGUUGCUGCCCAGAGCGUUUGCUCCAUACCUGUAUGGGCUGCGGUACAGGGAGCUCUCUGACACUCUGAUGCAGCUGCUGAAACAGCACAGGAGACUCGGCCAGAUCACAGGUUAAAAGAAGACACUUACAGACUGUCUGUUUA